AUGUCGCUCACCGACAAGAAGCACGAAUGGGGUGCUGUGCGCGUGCGCCAGACGUUUCUUGACUAUUUCAAGGAGCGCGGCCAUUCUUUUGUACCUUCCUCUUCGGUCGUGCCCCUCUCCGACCCCACCCUCCUCUUCACCAAUGCGGGCAUGAACCAGUACAAGGCCAUCUUUCAAGGCACCAUCGACCCCUCGUCCGACUUCGCCCAACUGAAGCGCGCAACCAACUCGCAAAAAUGCAUUCGCGCCGGCGGCAAGCACAACGACCUCGACGAUGUAGGCAAGGACAGCUACCACCACACUUUUUUUGAGAUGUUGGGUAAUUGGAGUUUUGGCGACUACUUCAAAAAGGAAGCUAUUGGCUUCACCUGGGAACUCCUCACAAAGGUCUAUGGUAUUGACACCAAGCGCUUGUAUGUCACCUACUUUGAGGGCAACGAGGAUCUCGAGCCGGAUCUCAAGGCCAAGGAGUUGUGGAAGAGUGUGGGGGUGCCAGAGGACCAUAUUCUGCCCGGAGACAUGAAGGACAAUUUCUGGGAAAUGGGCGAUCAGGGCCCCUGUGGUCCUUGCUCUGAGGUUCACUACGACUUGAGGGAGCCCGAGGGAGGAAACUACCGGAAUGCGGCUUCCCUUGUCAACAUGGAUGAUCCAGAGGUGAUUGAGAUCUGGAACAACGUCUUCAUGCAGUACAACCGCGAGCCAGACAGGUCGUUGCGACCGCUACCAAACAAACACAUCGAUACCGGACUGGGAUACGAACGCUUGGUCUCGGUGCUACAGCACACAAAGUCGAAUUACGACACCGAUGUCUUCACGCCAUUGUUCAAGAGGAUACAAGAGGUCACAGGUGCGCGCGAAUACAGGGGCGGAUUCGGCGCGGAUGACCCAGAUGGUAUUGAUACUGCCUACCGAGUGGUUGCAGAUCACACCCGAAUGAUGAGCUUUGCUAUUGCGGACGGUGGUGUUCCCAACAACGUCGGUCGAGGAUACGUUGUCCGUCGCGUUCUGCGCCGAGGCGCUCGCUAUGCGCGCAAGUACUUCGAGGUGGAAAUUGGCGACUUCUUCUCCAAGAUCAUCCCCACGCUCGUGGAUCAAAUGGGCGACAUGUUCCCAGAGAUCAGGAAGAAGCAACAAGACAUUAUCGAAAUUCUUGACGAGGAAGAGAAGGCCUUCGCCAAGUCGCUGGAUCGUGGUGAGGUCAUUUUUGAAAAGUAUGCGCAAAAGGCGAAAGCCAAGGGCUCAAACGAUCUCCCUGGAGACGAUGUCUGGCGAUUGUACGAUACAUAUGGAUUUCCUGUCGAUCUCACUAAGCUUAUGGCUGAGGAGCGUGGUCUCAACAUCAAUGACAAAGAGGUCGAGAAGGCCCAAGAGAAGGCUCGCGAGGCUAGCAAGGGAGAUAAGAAAGCUGGUGCUGCCGUAGUCAAGUUUGACGUUCACGACCUCGGUGCGCUGGAUGCCAUGGACGAUGUGCCCAAGACGGACGAUUCGCCCAAGUACGGCCGCGAGAACAUUACAGCUACCAUCAAGGCCAUCUACCACAAUAAACAGUUUCUGAAGAGUACCAAAGAGGUCCCUGAAGGAGAGCAAUUUGGUGUGCUUCUUGACAAGACUAAUUUCUAUGCUGAGCAAGGUGGCCAGGAGUACGAUACCGGAAGGCUCUUGGUAGACGGCGAGGCCGAAAUCAGCAUUGAAAACGUCCAAGUAUACGCUGGAUACGUACUACACACCGGCUACCUCAAGUAUGGCGAGCUCAAGGUGGGAAGCGAGGUGAUUGCAGAAUUCGACGAACUUCGGAGACACCCCAUCCGCAAUAACCACACGGGUACCCAUGUCCUCAACUAUGCCCUCCGUGAAGUCCUUGGCAACGAAGUUGAUCAAAAGGGCUCGCUCGUCGCACCCGAAAAAUUGCGCUUCGACUUCUCUCACAAGGCUGGUCUCUCCGAUGCUGAGAUUGAAAAGGUCGAGUCUAUCUCCACCACCUAUAUCAAAGCAGACGCCAAGGUCUACGCAAAAGACGUACCAUUAUCGAAAGCAAAGGAGAUAACAGGCGUUCGUGCCGUCUUUGGCGAGACUUACCCUGACCCUGUGCGCGUCGUCUCUGUUGGCCAGCCCGUUGAAGAUUUGCUCGCAGACCCCAAGAACCCAGCCUGGGGCAAACUCUCCGUUGAGUUUUGUGGCGGCACCCACGUGCUCAAGACGGGCGAGAUCAAGGAACUCGUCAUCCUCGAGGAAUCCGGCAUCGCAAAGGGCAUCCGACGCAUCGUCGCCGUCACCGGCCAAGAAGCCUACAACGUCCAACGUCUAGCCAACGACUUCGCCACCCGUCUCGAGAGUUUUGGUAAGAUGCCCUUUGGCCCCGCCAAGGAAGCCGAAGCCAAGAAGCUCCAAGUCGAACUCAACGGCCUCACCAUCUCCGCCCUCUCCAAAUCCUCGCUCCGCGACUCGUUCAACAAGAUUCAAAAGUCGAUUCUUGAUGAGCAAAAGGCGGCUGCCAAGGCGGAUAACAAGCGCGUGCUCGACCAGGUGACCAAGUUCUUUGAAGAGGAGGGCAAGGACAGCAAUGUCUUGGUGCACAAGGUGGCGUGGAGUCCGCAGGUGAAUAAGGCGAUUAGCGAGACCAUCAAGACGGUCAGCGCGCCCAAGAGUGGCCUCAAGGACAAGAGUGUGUACUUGUUCAGUGCGAGUCCCGAGGAGGGCAAGGUGGUGCAUGCGUGUUAUGUCAGUGAGCCCUUCAAAGCCGCAGGUGCAGAUGGCCCCAAAUGGGCAGCCGCCGUGACGCCUAUUAUCGGCGGUAAGGCGGGGGGCAAGGCUGGUGCGGCCACGGCGAUUGGACAGGGUACGAAUCCGGAGAGGGUGGAUGAGGGGGUUGAGGAGGCGAGGAAGUGGAUUGAGAAAUUGGGGUUGUAG